AUGCCGCUGUCAGCGCCGCUGCACAAGCUGCACAAUCUACUCUGCGUGUGCCACAUUGUCAGCUACUUCGAUUACCAGAAGACGGUCUGCCACUUGCUGUGCAUGUACAACCUGCGAUUCAAUGAGGCCACACAGAAAUUUACAUUCGGUCAUCAGGUUUUCAUUUACUUUGUGUAUUUCUGGAACUCGUUGACUCUAAUGUGUUACUUCCAACUUUUUCGCAUGUAUCUGAUUGAUCGCGGGAGCUUCAUUAUAUACGCACUGCCGGGUUUCUACUAUGUAAUGUUGAGAAAAUCUAUGCUCAAGACACUCAAUGAUAUGGUAAAGCUGCACUCGGAUCUGCAGUCCACAAUGGGCACUCUAUUUUGUGUCUCUGUAAAGCGGGCUUUCUGCUCCUGUCUGAUAUCUAUCGAAAUAGUAGCAGUUUUCUACUGGCAGAUAACAACGAUUAAUAAUGAGUAUCAGCAACGAUAUUAUAUAGUCACUCACCUGGUUGGCUGGCAUUUUCAGCUCUUGCUCCAGGUGAAUAGCUACAUUUGGCUGCAGUCUCUCUAUGUGGUUAUAAAUCAGGUGUUUAGUGCUCGCCUCGGAUACAAACAGCGCUGGAAAAUGUUAAGAAAUGCUAAAAUUCACUGUCAAUUGAGAGGAAUUCAGGGAGAUAUAUCUCAUUAUUUCAGUGUUUACAUUGCCUCGGUGAUAUUUCUCAUAUCAUUUUGCUUCUACAGGAGUGUUAUUUUUGAGUCUGGUUUCGAUUGGGAACAGAGUCGUUUGGUUCUAAUGAGUGUGGAGUUGUGGCAGCUAAGAUAUUUGGCAAAUAUGUUUUUCCUUUUCGGCACCCUGCUGAUAGUUGUGUUGGAUUACAAAACGGAAAGGGAUAAAUUUCUUGAGGGUCUGUGGAAGUCUAAGGGUAUCAGUCGUAGAAUAUUAAAAUGCAAGAAGUCAACUCGGUAUUUAAGUCGCUGCAAUCAGACCUUGGAUAUUGUGGAUAUGAUGCUCCUUACUGGUAAUCCACCCUUUGAAAUGAUCUGUUCGGAUGUCACCAUCUGUGAAAUAAGAAUGAAACAGGAUUCAAUAUUGAACUUGAAGAUCACAUCAAUCAUCAAUUACAUUCGCCUGCUGAUGCUCAACAUGUGCCUUGUACCUUUAGUGGCCCUGUCCAAUGGCUUUGAAUUCUCAUUUGAGCAAAAACUCUUACUGAACAUUACAAGUCCUAUAUUCGAAUCUGAGUUUGGGUCAUCUAACGACAGUUUCACCUUGGAUUCUUAUGUUCUGAGCCUCGCAUUGGGCGAAUAA